UUGUCCCUUCAUUAUUUGAGCUCCAUAUCGCUACUGCCCAGUCGCGCUACAUUUAGAGCGAGAGAAAGAGGGAGAGACUUCAGACUUUUAUUGUGACUCCGUAGUAGGCCACAGCACAACGGAAUAUUUAGUUGUUGUAUGCGAAUUAGUUGUUUAUGGAUUUGAUACAUCAUAUCAUUGACUGCGAGUUUUGGUUGCGGUUCUGAAAUCGGGGAGUGUCGCGGCGGGUGGAAAUCAGGUUUGAGGAAUCAGUGGGAUAUGUUGAUCUGUACAUGAGCGCAGCGCAUUCUUCCGAAAGAAGGCUGCACCUCACCAACACAUAACAGCACGUUUAACCGCGGAGCUAAGAUGAAACCACUCCUGGUCCUGCUCUGGGAGACUGGGCUAGCUCUCUCUCUGCUCUACUCCACUGCACAGUGUGGAGCGACCCAGAGCCAGGCCCAGGGUGCCGUGUUCCUGCCUGAGUUUGCUCUGUCCCCUCAGGGCAGUUUCCUGGAGGACACUACCGAGGACCAGUUCCUUACCUACAGAUACGACGACCAGGCGUCUCAUAUGACUGGAUCAGAUGAGGACGGGGACAGUGGCUGGGAUGCAUGGGGCACCUGGAGCGACUGCUCACGCACCUGUGGAGGAGGGGCCUCUUACUCUCUACGCAGGUGUCUCAACGGAGGGAACUGUGAAGGCAAGAAUAUCCGCUACAGAACGUGCAGUAACAUGGACUGUCCCGUCGAGUCGGGAGACUUCCGAGCCCAGCAGUGCUCCGCCCACAAUGACAUCAGGUACCAGGGCAUGGUCUACGAGUGGAUUCCCGUGCCCUAUGAACCCUCGGCGGCGUGCGCCCUGCGGUGCCAGGCGCGAGGGAGGAGCCUAACGGUGGAGCUGGCGCCUAAGGUUCUAGACGGAACACGUUGCCGGGCCGACGCCCUGGAUAUGUGCAUCAGUGGGGUCUGUCAGGAGGUGGGCUGUGACAGACAGCUGGGCAGUGGUGCCAGGGAAGACAACUGCGGUGUGUGUGCUGGCGCCGGUUCUACUUGUCGGCUGGUCCGGGGCCAGGCGCUGCCUCACGUCUCACCGGAAGAACCUGUGAAGACAGUGCUGGAAGUCCCCUUGGGAAGCAGGAGUUUGAGAGUCAGCUCCAAGGGACCUGAUGUCAUAGUAAUCGAGACCCAGUCUCUGCAGGGUCGUAAAGAGGAGCACAGUCUGGUCUCUCCUGGUUCCUACCUCAUCGGCAACACCACCGUGGACUACCAGAAAGGGACAGACAGACAGACGCUCAGGACACAAGGACCUCUGGGAGCCGAUUACAUCAUCAAGGUUAAAUAUGCUGCUCCCAGGGACACGAUGGUCCAGUUCCUGUUCUAUCAACCAAUCAGGUACCAGUGGCGAGAGACUGACUUCUUCCCCUGCUCUGUCACCUGUGGAGGAGGUUACCAGCUGAACUCAGCAGAGUGCACAGACAUCAGGUCCAGUCAGGUGUUACCAGAGCACCACUGUAACAGCUACCCUGAGAACACCAAACCCACGCCCAAACUCAAGGAGUGCAACAUGGACCUCUGUCCUGAGAGUGAUGGCUUCAUAGAGGUGAUGCCUUAUGACCACUUUCAGCCUCUGCCACGGUGGGAGCAGGGUCCAUGGACAGAGUGUUCAGUGUCGUGUGGGGAGAGCGGCGGGCUGCAGGAGCGCAGCGUGGUGUGUGUUGAGGACGACGCCCACGGACAGAUCACUCAGGUGGAGGAGUGGAAAUGCACACACUCCCCUCGGCCAAUCACGCAGCAGAGCUGCAACAGCUUCACCUGCCCACAGUGGGUUGCCAUGGAGUGGUCUCAGUGCACAGUGACGUGUGGCCGUGGGUUGCGGUACAGAGUGGUCCUGUGUAUUGACCACAGGGGACAGCACACUGGUGGCUGUAACACAUCCCUCAAACCACAUAUCAAAGAAGACUGCCUGGUACCUGUCGCAUGCCACAAACCCAGAGAGUCAGUUCCUGUGGAGGCCAAGCUACCCUGGUUAAAACAAGCCCAGGAGCUGGAAGAACAACGCACCGCUACAGAGGAACCAACGUUAAUCCCAGGGCCGUGGUCUCCCUGCAGCGUCACCUGUGGGCUCGGGAAACAGACACGGGAGCUGAAGUGUCGUGUCCUCCUCUCCUUCACCCAGACGGAGGUGGACCUGCCUGAGGAGGAGUGCGGCGAAGAGCGGCCAGAGCUGGAGAGGCCCUGCGAUGGGGGAGCCUGUACUCUAGGCCCAGGCUUCUCUCCUGACCUCCAGGAUCCUCAAGGCCCUCACACCCAGGGUGAGGAGCCCCACCACUGGGACUACAGGGGCUUUAGUGGCUGCUCGGCCUCCUGUGCUACAGGGAGACAGACAGCGGUGGUCAGGUGUGUGAGCCGGAGGAGAGGAGGAGAGGAGGUUGAUGAUUCUCACUGUGACCCCUCCAGCCGCCCUCCAGUCAUGGGCCGCAUCUGCAACCCCGAGCCGUGUCCCCCAAGGUGGGAGGUGACAGCGUGGACUCGUUGCUCUGCGUCAUGUGGGGUGGGCAUCCAGACCAGGAGUGUGUUCUGCAUGCGUGUGCUCUCUGUAGAGCAGCAGGAUAGUGUGAGUGUGUCAGAGAAGGAGUGCAGGGAGUUCAAGCCGUCCAUCCUUCAACCCUGCAACCAGGUGGACUGCCCUCCAGCAUGGGAGACUGAGCCCUGGCAGGAGUGCUCCCUCUCCUGUGGCGGGGGUAGCCAGGUACGUACGGUGUUCUGUAAACAGCUGUUGUCUACGGGGGCCUACUGGACACUGGGGGACACAGCAUGCCCAGGGGCCAAACCGGCCCCUCACAGGACCUGCUCCAAGAUGGACUGUCUGCCCUACAUGGCUGGGGGAGAGUGGGGGAAGUGCUCUGUGUCCUGUGGUCUGGGGAUCCAACGUAGGGAGCCAGUGUGUCGGAGGCUGACCUCAGCUGGACAGCAGGUGAUGCUGGCGAGGAGGCUCUGCAACGGCCUCUCCUCUCCACCCCUGGUCAGGACCUGCCGAAUGAUCACCUGCCCUAAGCAUAAGACAGAGAUGAACCCCAGACAACUUGUGAAGGAAGCAUCCAGAAUCAACCAGCAGCCCACGAAGGAGACAGGGAAGGAAGCAUCAAAGGAAACAAUCAAGGAACCAGUAAAGCGUUGUCCGUUGAUUCUAGGCUUGAGUCGUAUCUACAUCCAGACCCGGCAGGAGAAACGCCUCCACCUGACCGUCGGCGGGCGUGCUUACCUCCUACCAAAAACCUCCCUGAUCAUCAAAUGCCCUGUCCGGCGCUUCCAGAAAGCCUACAUCCGUUGGGAGAAGGACGGCCGCCCCCUGCCCAGCUGCAAGCGUCUGGGCGUCACCAAAUCUGGUUCUCUAAAGAUCCACAGCCUAGGGGUCGUGGACAGUGGGGUGUACGUGUGUAUCGCUGGCCCCGCCUCCGACACAUUCACCCUUAAACUGAUUGGCAGCGACAGCAGACUGAUCGACCGACCGGUUGAAAACGAAUCGGACCCCGAACCUGGCCUAGACCUGACCAGGAUUCAACCACGAUUCAACCCUCAGGACUGGGACCCCCAGGGUCUUCCUCACUGCCUCCCGUUUACCCCCAGCCUCAAAGGUACCAGUCUGUCUCUGCUGCCCGGUGGUGUGGAGGUCUUGGUGCUGCAGGUGCAGGUGGGGGCCUCCGUGCUGCAGCCCUGGAGCCUGGAGGAGAGGGUGAGGAACGUGAGUCUGCAGGCGGAGAUGGGAGAGAUCAGCCAGGAACAGGCUUCUCAGAUCAUCUACACCCUCAUCACAGAGAUGUCUGGAGUACAACAGGCCUCCACAGAGCAGUGGAAAGGGACCAAGGAGGAGACGGGGAACCCAAAAGACCGGACACCAAACUCGUCAGAGUGGUCGGCUAGUAGCUUCAGGAGACCAGUGAUCAUCCGACAGAGGCAGAACCCCCUGAUGACCUUCCAGAGGAGUCUGAACAUCAGUGUUGGCCAGACAGCCUUCCUGACCAACGCCACGCAGCAGCUGUACCUGCUCUGCCCCACAGAGGGCAUCCCGCAGCCCCAAAUCACCUGGACCAAGGACGGAGUAGAGCUACAACUAACUGACAGGGUACACUGGGAUAUCUCUGGAGGACUGCAUAUCUCUAGUCCUGGGCCGGGGGACAGAGGAGUGUACAGGUGCACAGCCUCAAACACCCACGGUUCAGCCUCAGAGACUACACAGCUGCUGUUAGCUGAGCCCCCUGUGAUAGCUGUGUCUUGGAGGAACGUAUCGGACAAGGAGGUCCCCAGUCUAAGGGCUGUGGUUGGGGGACGGGUCAGCCUACGCCCUGGGGCUAACCUAACUCUAGACUGCCCCGUCACAGGUGUGCCUCAGCCUACAGUAACUUGGCAGAGGAAGGAGGGUGUGUUAGAUGUCAGCGUGGCGGUACCCCUGCCCUCUGGUUCUCUGUGGCUCCAAAACGUCACUCUCCAGAGCCAAGGCACCUACUCCUGCGUGGCUGCCAACCCCAUAGGAAAAUCCACUGCUUCCACUGUUCUCCAUGUCACCGGAGGGUUCACACACACAUGUCCAGCUCCAGACCCAGCUCCAGACUCAGCUCCAGACCCAGCUCCAGACUCAGCUCCAGGCAGAGCUUCUACAAUGUCCCAGCAGUUCAAGGAGCUGAGUAGGAGGAGAGUCCUCAUGGCUUCACGCAUGGGAACCACUGUGACCAUCAGACCUGGAGACAUGCUACGCAUAGGAUGCCCAGUGGUUCCAGACCAUAGAGGGCCUGUCCGUUGGGACUACCAGAACCACACUCUGAAGGAGUCCACCUGGACCGGACCAGACCUUUCCCCAGGACAGAGGCUGGGUCCUGGGCAGGAUCAGGGUCUGGGUCCUGGUCUGGGUCUUCAGUACCGUAUACUGGUGGGAGGUCGUGUUCUGGAGGUGAACACGGUGCAGGGAAGGUUCUCCGGACACUACCGGUGCCAGACCCCCAUCCACGACAACACACAGCUGCUGUCCGCUUGGAUCCACGUCCAUGCUGAAGAGUUUGCGUGGAGUCUUGGGGACUGGACGGCGUGCAGCGCCUCGUGUGGCGACCGGGGGACGAGGACGCGGAGGGUCCGCUGUGUCACGCCAGAGGGACGUGAGGUCACACCCUCCAUGUGUCACCACCUAGACAGACCUGUCUCCUCACAGCUGGCCUGCAACCUGCAUGACUGCCCCCCCAGCUGGGUAGCAUCCGUGUGGUCUAAGUGUUCCACUUCCUGUGGGCGGGGCUGGAGACAGCGGCAGGUGUCCUGUGGGCUGGUGGAGUCGGGGGGAGCGGUGAGGACGCUAGCGCCAUCUGUCUGUGGGAGGAACACGCGGCCUGCAGACAGACAGGAGUGUACCUGCGACAACUGUCCAGCCUGGGUUACCAGCCCCUGGGGAAAGUGCUCGGGGAAAUGUUUGGGUCCCACCCUCACAGUCCAGAAGAGGUCGGUGAUAUGUAGACAUGUCAACAGCACCACACACCCUGACUGUGACCCCAGAGAAAGGCCCGUCUCAGUGCGUAACUGUUCGUCGGAGCUGUGUGACGUGCACUGGCGCGUGGGGCCGUGGCGAGCGUGCACGGCAGCCUGUGGCAGCGGGUUUCAGUCUCGCAGGGUGGACUGUGCCCACCGCAGGAGUGGCAGAACCCUGGCAGACCAACACUGCACCUGGCACAAACGCCCAGCCACCUGGCAGCACUGCAACGCCACCACCUGUGGAAGUGAAUGUAAAGACACCUCCCACUACUGUGCCGUGGUGAAGAGGUUAAAGCUUUGCCCCAUAGACAUGUACAAGCAGAGGUGUUGUGAGUCCUGUUUACAGGAGGAUGGCUCCACCUAGUGUUCUAGGAGGAAGUUGCCCCUAGAUGCUGGCCUUGGGUUAGUUUUGCAUUUCCUCCACUAGUGGUUAAGGCUGGGAAUGGGGAGGAGAAGCUGAUCCUAGAUCUGUACCUAGAGGAAACUUCACCCUUGAGCGUUGAGACACAGUGUGGACAACAUAACUCUUGGAAUCAUGGAUGGAGGGAUAGAUGGAUAGAUGGAUGGAGGGAGGGAGGGAUGGACGGAAGGAGGGAUGGACG